AUGCAUGUACUUAAUCGAGAUGGUGUUGGUCUUAUCUCUGAUCGACACGAGUCCAUUAUCUCAGCUGUAGGUCGUAGUGAUGGAGCAUGGCAAUACCCGAGGGCUAUUCACAUAUUUUGCAUUAGGCACAUAGCUUCGAACUUCUUGAGAAGGUUCAAAGCGCCACAAAUGCAAAUGCUGAUUGUCAACAUAGGCUAUUCUAGAAUAGUCCGUGAAUUCAACAUGCGUUACGAUAUAUAUUAUGAACGGGUUGUGGCUUACAAGCAGUGGCUCGACAAUAUUCCUCGGUCGCAAUAUGCCUUGGCAUAUGAUGAAGGAUAUCACUGGGGACACAUGACCACUAACUUAGUGGAGUGCAUUAACGGGAUUUUUAAAGGAGCACGUAAUCUUCCUGUGACAGCCCUUUUCAAGACAACUUUUUACAGACUUAAUGCCUUGUUCACAAGGAAGUGGGUCGAGGCUGAGGCUCGUAUAAGUGCAGGUCAUCUAUUCUCUGAGUAUGCAACUGAGAAAAUUCAGUCUAAUCAAACGGCAUCAGAAAAUAUGCAAGUUAAUUUAUUUGACAGGCAGAACAAAGUUUUUGAAGUACGGGAGAUGCCUAGCGGUUUAGAGUUUGCAGUAAAUCUGCGUCUAAGACAUUGUGAUUGUGCAGAGUUUAAGGUCGAUCGAAAUUCUUGUCACCAUGUAUUUGCUUGUUGUGCAAAACAGCGCCUAGAUUGGAAGCAGUAUGUGCAUGAGGUAUAUACAAUGGCAGAGAUCCGAAAGGUGUACAGAACCCGAUUCAGGCCACUAGAAAAUCCAACAACAUGGCCAGUGUAUCUAGGAUCACGACUAGUACCCAAUCCUCACCUCAGGCGAGUGGCCAAAGGCCGUCCUAAAAAAAUACGCUUCUGGAAUGAAAUGGAUGUGCGUGAUUUACGUGGUCCUAGACAUUGUAGACUUUGUGGUGGUGAGGGUCACAACCGAAGUAGAUGCCCGCAUCGUGGAGGAGCUAGUGCUAGUGGUUCGGCUCCGAAUGAAUAG